GGUAAAUCACCACCAUUAACGGUUUUCUAUUUUUAGUAAACACUUUUUGUACUUCUAAGUAAACAGUUUAUGCGAAAACUGCUGCAAAAAUCAUGUACUACUCAGUUCUGUUACAUUUCCUUUUAUGGAAUCUUUUUUCCACCUACUCUUUGCUACUAUUAGCUUCCAUCAAGGAAGAAAAUUCCUGGGUUUGUGAAAAUUCUGAAUUUUGACUUGCAAGUUUCAAGCUUUUGGAAUUUUAGAACAGUUGUUUCUUUUGGGUCGGAAAGUGAAAGCUUGUCUGAUAAGAAGACAGUCAUCUCAGUUCAAAAAACUCUUUCAGUGUAAACCCUGGUGGCUUUUAGGAUGUUGGUUAACUGGGAAGAAGCCUGUGGUGCAGAUUUUUAUUCAAAGGGACUAACAUAGGUCAAAUUCUCAACUUAGAUUUUUCUCUUGAACCAAACCAUGGAAGAUCAUUUUUCCCCAAAGGGGAAGGAAACUGGCUAUUGCACAUCUCCUUGUACCCAGUUGGAGGAAUCAACAUCGGUUGAUGGUGGGAUGAAAAAAUCUGCUUCAGAGGACAUGUUUAGCAACUUCUCCGAGCUCAUGAACUUUGAUACCUAUGCUGGUUGGAGCAAUAGUUCAUCUAUGACUUAUCAUAGUUUGGCAAAUGUGUUUUCAUCAUUUUCCUCAGCAUCAUAUCCACCAUCCGAUGGAUUGAAUCUGGUGGAACAUGGCAAUGGUCCAUGCUUUAUGACAGAAGUCAGUGAAAUUCACAAUGGUAUAGAAAGUUCUCCUAGUUGUGAAGAAAGAGGUAUAUUUCAGCAAAUGGACAUCCAACUUGGUUUCUUAGAUGAAGCAAAUGAUUCAAAUAGCUUUGAUUCAGAACAAAAUCGUAACGGUUCAUAUCAGCAAUUUAAUACCUCAGACAUGUGCAAUUACAUGAUCUCAAGGUCAUCAGGGAGGCCACUUGAUGAUAGAAUGUUGAGGGCUUUGUCCUUCUUUAUGGAAUCAGUUGAUGAGGGAAUGCUGGCACAAGUUUGGGUACCUAUAAAGCAUGGUGAUGAAUUCAUCUUAUGCACAAGUGAACAACCUUAUUUGUUAGAUCCAAAGCUUGCAGGGUAUCGAGAGGUGUCAAGGGCAUUCACAUUUUCUGCAGAAGGAAAGAAAGGAUCAUGUCCGGGGCUUCCUGCACGAGUGUUUACAUCACAUGUUCCUGAAUGGACUUCCAAUGUUGGCUACUAUAAUAAAACUGAGUACUUAAGGUUGGACCAUGCAUUGAAUCAUGAUAUUCGUGGAUCUAUUGCUCUUCCUGUUUCUGAUAUGCAUUCUCAUGAGCCAUGUGCUGUAUUGGAACUGGUCACUACAAAGGAAAAACCUAAUUUUGACAGAGAAUUAGAAAUUGUUACUCAUGCACUUCAGCUUGUAAAUUUAAAGACUACUAUGCCUCCACGACUUCUUCCCCAGUGUCUAUCAAGUAACAAAAGAGCUGCUUUAACAGAGAUAGUUGAUGUGUUACGUGCCGUGUGUCAUGCACAUAGAUUGCCACUAGCACUGACAUGGAUUCCCUGUUGCUACAGUGAGGGAAUAGGAGAUGAAGCUGAGAGAAUACGAAUCAAAGAAGGUCAUACAAGUUCUAACGAAAAAUGUGUGCUAUGUAUUGAGGAAUCAGCUUGCUAUAUAAAUGAUGGAGCAAUAGGAGGAUUUGUUCAUGCAUGCGUUGAACAUCAUCUUGAGGAAGGACAAGGUAUAGCAGGAAAAGCUCUUCAAUCAAAUCAUCCAUUCUUCUACACUGAUGUGAAGACAUAUGAUAUUAGUGAAUACCCCCUUGUUCAUCAUGCACGCAAAUAUAACUUGAAUGCUGCAGUUGCAAUUCGGCUAAGGAGUACCUAUACCAAUGAUGAUGAUUACAUAUUAGAGUUCUUUCUGCCAGUGAACAUGACAGGGAGUUCAGAACAACAACUUUUACUGGAUAAUCUCUCAGGUACCAUGAGGAGAAUUUGUAGGAGUUUGAGAACAGUUUCAGAUGCUGAAAUAACAGGAAUAGAAGGAUCCGUAGCUGGGCUUCCAAAGGAAAAGCUCACAUAUUUUUUUCCCAUGUCCAGAAGAAACUCUCAGAUAGCAUUUAUAAAUGAUGAUAAUGAUUCGAAUCAGAAGAUGUCCUUGAAGGCAUCUAACAAUGGAAUUGAAGCUGCUCAUGGCCAGGUAAUGAAUGGACCAAGAAAACAGAUUGAAAAAAAGAGAAGUACAGUGGAGAAGAAUGUUAGUUUGAGUGUUCUACAACAGUACUUCUCUGGUAGUCUGAAAGAUGCUGCAAAAAGCAUUGGUGUUUGCCCAACAACUCUAAAAAGGAUAUGCAGGCAACAUGGAAUUUCAAGAUGGCCAUCUCGGAAGAUCAAUAAAGUGAAUCGUUCAUUAAAGAAGAUACAGACUGUGCUUGAUUCUGUCCAGGGAGUGGAAGGAGGGUUGAAGUUUGAUCCUUAUACUGGGGGGUUUAUAGCUGGAGGAUCACUGAUGCAAGAAAUUGACACACAUAAAUAUAUUCUGUUUCCUGAGAGAAGUGCUGUGAAAGACCCUAAGCAUGCAACACAAAAACCAGUCUCAGUAGUUUCAGCACCAGGCAGCACUAGUGAGAAUUCAACAAUUAAGUUGGAUGAUGAUGAUGGUGUUUGUUUGGUGGAAAACAAGAUUGUAGACUCAAGAAGUGCACUUUUAUCUAAUACCAGUGUGGGAGGAUUUAAAAAAGACAAUGCUUCUUCUGAUGAUUGUUGCGAAGAUUCAAAAUCAGUUGCCAUGAAUGAUGGAUCAAGCCAGAAGGCCAAGAAUCAGGAUUGUCCUGAACAAACUUGUUCAAUAUCCUUGGUUACAGAUGAGGCUGAAGUUGGAGUAGAUGGGGGAGAAGGAAUUGAAGAACAUAACAACCUUGUAAAUUCUUCAAGCACCACAAACUCAUCCAAUGGCUCUGGCUCUGGCUCAAUGAUGCAUGGCAGCUCAUCAUGCUCUCAAAGCUUUGAGAACCAAAAGCAUUCAAAAGUAAAACCAACUUCUGUCGAUAGUGAGUCAAAAAUGAUUGUGAAAGCUAGCUAUAGGGGAGACACUAUUCGUUUCAAGUUUGAUCCAUCCGCAGGUUGUUUCCAGCUAUAUGAAGAAGUUGCAACAAGGUUCAAACUCCAAAACGGGUUAUUCAAGCUCAAAUAUCUAGAUGAUGAAGAGGAAUGGGUGAUGUUGGAGAAUGACUCAGAUUUGCAAGAGUGUGUAGAAAUUUUGCAUGACAUUGGCACACGUUGUGUGAAGUUUCUUGUUCGUGAUGUGCCUUGUGUUUUAAGCAGUUGUGACAGCAACAAUUGCUUCUUGUCAGAUAGCUCAUAGUGUCUGAAAUGAUCCAUGGCUUCAUUGAGGCCAUUACAAGUUUAAGAGAAAUCUAUAUGUUUGAAUUC